ACGUUUACCCCUUCACACACACACACACAAACUGUUUAAUUUCCCAAUUUGUCGCCGACCCUCUCUAUCUCCGACCUUAAAUCGCCGGUGAUUCUCCCCGGGGAAUAUGUUUCUCGAAUAAAACGAUGAUAAAACGAUCCAGCAACUGCGCUAUUUGCGAUAAUACUAAUCGUGCUUGUAUCUGUAGUGCUUGCGUUAAUCAUAGAUUGAUCGAGUAUAACACUUUGUUGAAGUCACUCAAGACUCGAAGAGAUACUUUACAUUCAAGAUUGAGUGAGCUAUUAGAAUCUAAGGGUAAAGCUGAUGAUCAGAAGAAUUGGAGAUUGAUUCAAAACGAGAAGCUUUCAAAGUUGAAGAGUAGACUUAAGAGUAGUAAGGAAUUAGUGAAUCAAGGGAAGGUUAAGAUUGAAAGAGGAUCUUGUGAUCUUAAAGUUAAAUAUGGUGUUCUUGAUUCAGCUCGUUCCACGUUGGAGAAAAUAAGAGUUGAACAAGUGGAGAAGUAUUUUCCUAAUCUAAUAUGUACACAGAGCCUUGGUCAUAUGGCAAUUUCAUCUGAGCGUCUUCAUAAGCAGUCAGUGGUUGUGAAGCAAAUAUGCAAAUUGUUCCCUCUACGCCGGGUUAGUCUUGACGGAGAGAAUCAGAACGGUUCAAGUCGUCAAUAUAAUCUUAUUUGCAAUUCACGUCUACCAAGUGGUUUGGACCCUCAUUCCAUCCCAUCAGAAGAGCUUGCUGUCUCUUUAGGGUAUAUGAUCCAACUGCUGAACCUUGUUGUUCACAACUUAGCCGCUCCUGCACUACAUAGCUCAGGUUUUGCGGGCUCUUGCUCCCGUAUAUGGCAACGAAAUUCCUAUUGGGACGCAAGUCCUCCUACUCGAAGCAACGAGUAUCCUCUCUUCAUACCCCGCCGAAAUUAUUGCUCAACCAGCGUUGAAAACUCAUGGACAGAUAAAAACUCCAGCAACUUUGGUGUAGCUUCCAUGGAAUCCGAAAGAAAAGAAUCCCGUCUGGACUCUACUGGAAACAGCAGCUUUAAGUACUCCGCUGCUUCUCCUCAUUCGAUUGAGUCACACAGAGAUCUGCAGAAAGGGAUAGCUCUUCUCAAGAAAAGUGUUGCGUGCUUGACAGCGUAUUGUUACAGUUCACUUUUCCUCGAAGUACCUCCCGAGGCCUCGACUUUUGAAGCAUUCGCCAAGUUAUUGGCCACACUUUCGUCAUCAAAGGAGGUUCGGUCUGUUUUCUCCCUGAAAAUGGCUUCUUCAAGAUCAUGCAAGCAGGCUCAACAACUCAACAAAUCCAUUUGGAACGCUAACUCUGUCAUCUCAAGCUCCUUACUUGAAAGUGCCCAUCUUCCGAGGAAUGCAAGUUAUAACCAGGAUCCAAAUUCAGGAGCCAGUUAUCUCUCUGCAACGGCAUCAUCAACCCGGAAGAACAACGAUAUGAAUGGAUGGGCUUUGGUGGAGCAUCCUAAGUACCCGCCACCACCUUCACAGUCCGAGGAUGUUGAACACUGGACUCGUGCUAUGUUUAUCGAUGCUAAGAAGAAAUGAAGGGUGGAUUCUUGCUUGUUGAGUGAAGCGAAUACUUUUGUAUAUAUGUCUUACAAUGUACAGAAACACAAAUCAUCGGUAGAUUCUCUAUUUCGUCUUGCGUUUAAGAACUGAACAAGACCAGACGAAUCUUACUAUUUUGGUGUAAGUUUCACUAUUUCAAUUUCUAAAUUGAGCUUAUUAAAAACAA